AUGGGAAGAGCCUGUAGUUACAAUGCGGCUCUGAGAAGAGCCUGUGGUUACAAUGUGGCCCUGAAAAGGACCUGUGGUUACAAUGUGGCUCUGAGAAGAGCCUGUGUUUACAAUGUGGCCCUGAAAAGGGCUUAUGUUUACAAUGUGGCUCUGAGAAGAGCCUAUGGUUACAAUGUAGCCCUGAAAAGAGCCUGUGGUUACAAUGUGGCUUUGAAAAGAGCCUGUAGUUAUAAUGUGGCUCUGAGAAGAGCCUGUGUUUACAAUGUGGCCCUGAAAAGGGCUUAUGGUUACAAUUUGGCUCUGAGAAGAGCCUGUGGUUACAAUGUAGCCCUGAAAAGGACCUGUGGUUACAAUGUGGCUUUGAAAAGUGCCUGUGGUUACAAUGUGGCUCUGAAAAGAGCCUGUGGUUACAAUGUUGCUAUGGGAAGAGCCUGUAGUUACAAUGCGGCUCUGAGAAGAGCCUGUGGUUACAAUGUGGCCCUGAAAAGGACCUGUGGUUACAAUGUGGCUCUGAGAAGAGCCUGUGUUUACAAUGUGGCCCUGAAAAGGGCUUAUGUUUACAAUGUGGCUGUGAGAAGAGCCUGUGGUUACAAUGUAGCCCUGAAAAGGGCCUGUGGUUACAAUGUGGCUUUGAAAAGAGCCUGUAGUUAUAAUGUGGCUCUGAGAAGAGCCUGUGUUUACAAUGUGGCCCUGAAAAGGGCUUAUGGUUACAAUUUGGCUCUGAGAAGAGCCUGUGGUUACAAUGUAGCCCUGAAAAGGACCUGUGGUUACAAUGUGGCUUUGAAAAGUGCCUGUGGUUACAAUGUUGCUCUGAGAAGAGUCUGUGGUUACAAUGCGGCUCUGAGAAGAGCCUGUGGUUACAAUGUGACCCUGAAAAGGGCCUGUGGUUACAAUGUGGCUCUGAGAAGAGUCUGUGGUUACAAUGCGGCUCUGAGAAGAGCCUGUGGUUACAAUGUGACCCUGAGAAGAGCCUGUGGUUACAAUGUAGCUCUGAGAGGAGCCGGUGGAUACAAUAUGGCCCUGAAAAUGGCCUAUGGUUACAAUGCGGCUCUGAGAAGAGCCUGUGGUUACAAUGUUGCCCUGACGCAGCUCUAA